AUCCUAACUGGACCGCCCCAGGCUGUAAGAUCAACACACCCCUGAAUCCCCAUGGAGGAGUAGGAGAGGCUUAGAAAAAAGCCACAGAGAGAUCCUAAAGUGGGGUAGUAGUGAGAAAGAGAGGCAGAGAGGGAAAAAAGAUUGGAGAGAGACAGAGAGAGAGGCGCAGGAGGAGCAGAAGGCCCCCCCAUGGACAGUAAGGGGAAGACAGAGACAGUGACACACACAGAGUGACAGACUGACUGACUCAAACCCAGACUGUGUAAGGUGGGUGCAGAUGCCACAUGGUGUUGUGCAGGGAGUCAAGGCGUAGCAACUGUCCCGGCUGUGAUUAGUCUGAAUCUGGCAAGGACUGAGACCAGCAUAGCGAGUCACUACUUGGACAAUGGACAAUCAUAACCAAGACGGCGAUGAAGGGGGGACAGGAGAGGAUGGCAAGAAGCUCUUCAUCAGCAUGGACGAGAGUGAUAAGAAAAGCAAGGAGCAGCGCAACAAGGCCGAGAAGGGCGAGAAGGAAGAGCAGCUGAGCCUGUCCGAUAAAGAGAAGGAGGGCAAACGCGAGAGCCGGCGCUCAGGCUCGCUGUGGCGCGGAGGCUGGGCGCUGACCGAGCGCCUGGCCAUCAACGUGUCGGGCAUGCGCUACGAGACGCAGCUGCGCACGCUGGCGCAGUUCCCCGACUCUCUCCUGGGCGACCCGCGCCGACGCCUGCGUUACUUCGACCCGCUGCGGAAUGAGCUCUUCCUGGACCGCAGCCGCGUCUGUUUCGACGCCAUCCUCUACUUCUACCAGUCAGGCGGCCGCCUCCGUCGGCCUGCCAACGUGCCCCUGGACGUCUUUAUGGAGGAGCUGCGCUUCUACGAGCUGGGCGAGGAGAUCGUGACACGCUUCAAGGAGGACGAGGGCUUCCCCAAGGAGGUGCCGCGCCCGCUGCCCGACAACGAGGUCCAGCGCAAGCUGUGGAUGCUCUUUGAGCACCCGGAGUCGUCGAGCGGUGCUCGCAUCAUCGCCAUCAUCAGCGUCAUGGUCAUCGUGGUGUCCAUCCUCAUCUUCUGCCUGGAGACACUGCCUGACUUCAGACAGGAGAAGGAACGGAGAGAGCAACACAGAACGAUACCCCACCCUCACAUCCCCAACACCACCAUCACGGUGCCUUCAGACAGCACGCCCUUUGACGACCCUUUCUUCGUGGUGGAGACACUAUGUAUCUGCUGGUUCUCCUUUGAGCUCAUCAUGCGCUUUAUCUGUUCGCCCAGCAAGAUGAGCUUCUUCAAGGACGUGAUGAAUGUCAUCGACUUCUUCGCCAUCAUUCCCUACUUUGUGACGCUGGGCACUGAGCUGGUGAGCACCAAGGGCCAGCCUCCCACCAUGUCCCUGGCCAUCAUCCGUGUCAUCCGUCUGGUGAGGGUCUUCCGAAUCUUCAAGCUCUCACGCCACUCUAAGGGCCUGCAGAUCCUGGGCCAGACGCUGAAGGCCAGCCUGCGCGAGCUGGCAUUGCUCAUCUUCUUCCUCUUCAUCGGCGUCAUCCUCUUCUCCAGUGCCGUCUACUUCGCCGAGGUGGACAGCCCGGACACCUCCUUCACCAGCAUCCCUGAGGCCUUCUGGUGGGCCGUGGUCUCCAUGACGACGGUGGGCUACGGUGACAUGUACCCGAUUACGGUCGGCGGCAAGCUGGUGGGAUCCAUGUGUGCCAUCGCCGGUGUGCUCACCAUCUCGCUGCCCGUGCCCGUCAUCGUUUCCAACUUCAGCUACUUCUACCACCGCGAGAUGGAGUGCGAGGACACCAACGAGUACACGCACGUCAGCACCUCCCUCUGGGAGGACGAGGAGCACGACCAGGAGGAGGAGUACAUGGACAGGGAGGGCAUGGAGGGGGAGAGUGACUAUGCACCCCUGGAGGGGGGCGGUGGCACGGGGAACAGGGGCAUCUGCGGGCCUCUUAACGGAACACUCCUGGCGGGACUGUGCGCCGGGCAGCGUGAAGACUUCCUGGGAGGCAAUGUGUACCUUCGUGAGCCACUGGUAACACAGGUGUGAGGUGGGACGACAAAGUAGGAGAGGUGAAAAGAGAUAGAAAUGAAAAGGUGGUAACUUUGGGGCGAACACAGACUUGUAUAUUCUAUCUCAGACAUGACAGAAGAAAGUAGAAGAGAGGCAAAGAAUGGACUUUGUCACUAAUACUACUUACACAAUGACUGAUUUAGAAAUACCAUUUUACGCACAUCAAAUAGGGGUGUGUAUAGAAUAAUGUUUUAUAUUACUGAAAACAUUUAACAGGCUCCACAGAUCAACAUCACACAUUAAAAGUCAUAUACAAAAGUUAAAGCAUAGAAUAUUUAUAUAUUGUCUACUAUUUGUACUUUAAAUGUUAUGUAAUUAUAUAUGAAUUAUAUAUAUAUUAUAUGAAUUUGAGGAAAAGUUAGAGAAAUUAAAUAAAAUUGCGGAUGAAUUGCAAUUCUGUUCAAAUUGAGAAGUUUGAGUGUUAGAACAGGAUAAGCUAACACUAAUAUCACCGCUGCAGUGUAAUAACAAAUAAAUAUAAAAAUAAACAUGUAAAUAAAAUAUUUAUCUUGAAAUACAUUGUCUCAAGCGUGAGGGAACAGCUUCCCCCAUGGUGUUAACUGACUUUUUAUAGCUGUCUCACUGGCAUGCCACAGAGGUCAAUGUUGCACAUGUAUAUGAUCCGUAUCUGUAGACACUUGUUUGUUGUCAAAACAACCAUCAUCAUAAGGGGGGCAGUGGUAACCAACUAACCAAUAAGUCUUAAGUGCGUAAGUCCCCACUGGUGAAUGAUUCUUACAGAGAUAUUACAUUAUGUGUUCUACUGCCAGCCAAUGACAAUUUUAAUGUACUGUUUUAAAUUAGUGUAUUUAGUGUGAUUCUGUAAAUGUACUAGAAUGAGAACAAUUGCAUAAACUAAAUAUUUGUAUUGAAUGGCUCAGUGAGCUUGUGUGAAUCAAAUGUGUGUUUGUGUGUGUGUGUGUGUGAGAGAGUGUGUGUCUGUGUGUGUAUGUGUGUGCAGUAUGAUGUGUGGACUGUCAAUGAGCAGAUAGUUGUGUGGACACUAUGUUCUAUAUUAUGUAAAUGUAUUUAAUAAAGAUUACCUUUAACAUCUUCA